AUGCAUGGCAAUACCGACGCGUCUAACGAUGACAUUAGUCUUCACCUCAAUUGGGGCCUAAUGACGGCGCCGUACUACCACGACGACGCGUCCUUGGAGUUGCGCUUUGGAGGGCUGGGUCAAAUCAUUGGACACGAGAUGGGGCACUCGUUAGAUCCGGAAUUCAUACAAAACUCCCCGGUGCUCGUCGGCAAGGAGGACAAGCGCCAAUUUCGCGAACAAGUCGAGUGUAUUGAGCACCAGUACGAAAAUGCCAUCAUGCCGUUGGAUAGCUACAACGGGACUUUCAGUCAACCCGGAGAACUGACCCAUGCCGAGGCCAUCGCCGACAAUGCCGGGCUGCGCGCUGCCUUCAGGGCCUACCGCAACGAGCGCAAGCUCCUCUACAAAACCCUCGAGCCAAAACUCCCCGGACUUGACGCCUACACCCCCGAUCAGCUCUUCUUCGUGGCGGCGGCGAUGAUCAACUGCGGCGAGCAGAGCGAUGACGAGUUGUUGGAGAAUGAAGAUGAUGAACACCCCCCGGGCUACAUCCGUGUCAAUGAGGUGGUUUUCGACCCAGAUCUU